AAGGAGUGGCACUUUUUAAAAGUGCAGCCCGGAGGCCAGCCUGCAGCCGCCGAAGCCCCGGCCCCAAGUCUGCAAACCCUCGUCCCGGCCGCGCGCGCCCCCAGUUCCACACGGGUCCGGCCCAGGCCAGUCUAGCCCGCACCAUGCCGGUCAAAGGAGGCACCAAGUGCAUCAAAUACCUGCUCUUCGGAUUUAACUUCAUCUUCUGGCUUGCCGGAAUCGCAGUCCUUGCCGUUGGACUAUGGCUCCGAUUCGACUCCCAGACCAAGAGCAUCUUCGAGCAAGACAGUCAGCCUUCCAGCUUUUACACAGGGGUUUAUAUUCUGAUUGGAGCCGGUGCCCUCAUGAUGUUGGUGGGCUUCCUGGGCUGCUGUGGAGCUGUGCAAGAGUCCCAGUGCAUGCUGGGAUUGUUCUUCGGCUUCCUCUUGGUGAUAUUUGCCAUUGAGAUAGCUGCGGCCAUCUGGGGAUAUUCCCACAAAGAUGAGGUGAUUAAGGAAGUCCAGGAGUUUUACAAGGACACCUACAACAAGCUGAAGUCCAAGGACGAGCCCCAGCGGGACACCUUGAAAGCCAUCCAUUAUGCGCUGAACUGCUGUGGUCUGGUUGGUGGAGUGGAACAGUUUAUCUCCGACAUCUGCCCCGAGAAGGAUGUUCUGUCAACCAUCACAGUGAAGCCCUGCCCUGAGGCCAUAAAAGAGGUCUUCCACAACAAAUUCCACAUCAUCGGCGCGGUGGGCAUCGGGAUUGCGGUCGUGAUGAUAUUUGGCAUGAUCUUCAGUAUGGUCCUGUGCUGUGCCAUCCGCAGGAGCCGAGAGAUGGUCUAGAGUCAGCUUGCACCCCUGAGCAGGAAAGUCCAGUCCUGAAGAUUGUCGGUUAUUUUCUUGGGGUUCUGUUUUUUAGCUUUGGGGGUUUUUUUUGUUUUGUUUUUAUUUUUGUUUUGGGGAGUUUUUUGGUGUUGUCUUUUUCUGGUUUUUUGACUUUUUUUUUUUUUUUUUUUUUUUUUUUUUUUUUUUUUUUUUUUUUUUUGCCACUAACCCUAGUAUUCAUUUCUGCAUUUCUAAACAAAAAAGUUAUUCCAUGUUUGUCUUUUUAAUGCUUUAUUCAAUAUUGGUAUUCGUAGUUGAGAGAUUUGGGGAUUUGGUUUGCUUUGGUUUAUAUUUUGUUGUUGUUGUUUGUUUUGCUUAUUAUGUUAAGCAGAAAUCCUGCAAUGAAAGGUACUAUAUUUGCUAGACUCUAGACAAAAGAUAUUGUACAUAAAGAGAAUUUUUUUUUUCUUUAAACAGAUAAAAAAAUGUCUAUCAUACUUAAUCAGGUUGUAACUUAUGUUGAAGACAAUUUGAUACGUAAUAAAUGAUGACGAUAUCCUGGA